GGUGCGAGCCAAAAAAAAGUCGUCAAGCGGUUGGGGGCAGCCGCCUUAUCCCCCUGCGAGGCAAGACAGACAGUGGUGGGUUCUCGACUUCUGCCUGCAGGGCAGCAAGCAAUAAUGGCUUCCGUCGCCUUCUUCUCGCUGCUGCUUCUCUCCGCCGCGGCUGCUCCCGCUCUCGGCUUCACGCGGGGCGACUUCCCGCCGGACUUCGUCUUCGGAGCCGCCACCUCCGCGUACCAGUACGAGGGCGCUGUAGCUGAGGACGGCAGGAGCCCAAGCAUCUGGGACACCUUCACUCACGCAGGGAAAAUGGCGGAUAAAAGCGUUGGUGAUGUCGCUGCCGACGGGUACCACAAGUACAAGGAUGAUGUCAAGCUCAUGGUUGACACUCACCUAGAGGCUUACAGAUUUUCCAUCUCCUGGUCAAGGCUUAUACCAGAUGGUAGGGGAGCUGUCAAUCCAAAAGGGCUCGAGUACUACAACAACCUAAUAGAUGCGCUAGUGCAACAUGGGAUUCAAGUCCAUAUUAUGAUUUACCAACUUGAGUACCCUCAAAUACUGGAAGAUGAGUAUGGAGGAUGGUUAAGCCCUAGAAUUGUGGAGGAUUUCACAGCAUUCGCAGAUGUUUGCUUCAGGGAGUUUGGAGACAGGGUCUCCUACUGGACUACGAUAGAUGAACCUAAUGUAGGCGCGAUGGGAUCUUACGAUAUCGGAGUGAUCGCACCAGGACAUUGCUCUGAACCUUUUGGAGCUAUAAAAUGUACCGUGGGUGACUCAACUGUCGAACCAUAUAUAGCAGCUCAUAACAUGCUAUUGGCGCAUGCAUCAGCUGCUAGACUUUAUAGAGAAAAAUAUCAAGCCGUGCAAAAGGGGUUUGUUGGCCUAAGUAUUUACUCCCUUUGGCCUUAUCCUGUGACAAACUCUACGGCGGAUUUAGAAGCAACAAAAAGAUGUUUGGACUUCUUUUUGGGAUGGAUACUAGAGCCCUUGAUGUCUGGAGAUUAUCCAGAAAGAAUGAAGAAAAUUGUUGGUACUCGUCUUCCAUCCUUCACAAGAAUCCAGUCUCAAGCAAUAAUUGGUAGUGCAGAUUUCAUCGGGAUAAAUCACUAUUAUUCUGUCUAUGUGAAUGAUCGCCCUUUAGCGAAAGGUGCUCGCGACUAUACAGCAGACUUGUCAAUUAGCUACAAAGCUUCUAAAACAGACCCGCCAGCCGGUAAGACUCCCCCAACGUCUUUUCCAAGUGACCCUGAAGGAUUGCAACGUGUGCUAAUGUACUUGAAGGAAGCCUACGGGGACCUUCCCAUUUAUAUCCAAGAGAAUGGUCAAUCAUCUAGUAAUGACUCUCUCGUCGACACCGACAGGACCGAAUACUUGAAGAGCUACAUAGGGAGUACAUUGGCUGCAAUAAGGAAUGGGGUCAAUGUGAAAGGCUACUUCGCCUGGGCCUUCUUGGACGUCUUCGAGUACCUGUCGGGGUAUCAAGCACGGUACGGCCUGUACCGUGUUGAUUUCGACGACGAGGCGCUGCCACGGCAAGCCAGGCUCUCUGCUCGCUGGUACUCUGCCUUCCUGAAGAACAAUAACAAUGGCAUCCAUGUUCAGAGCGAGCUCAACAAUACAGGAUGGCAUGCUGAACAAUGAGUCGCCUCAUCAGGCACACUCACCUUAGGGUAUAUAGGUAUACCACAUAUGUAUAGAUACGGCGCAUUCUAGUUUUCUCUUAUUCCUUUCUGGAGACAGAGAUAGCACUAAAUACAUCACUGAAUAAAAGAGGAGGGCGGUAGCCAUGGAGCGGGUUGACGUGUUGUUGUACGUUCACCAGUAUCCUCCGAUGUCAUCUACUCAAUAAAACCAUAAAGACCCAUCUCGACUGCC